GAUUGGUCAGUAAGGAGGAAGAUGCGACGGCCGUGGAGAAUCGACUCUGGCUUUCCCCAAACCGUUUACCGAUAUCACGGACAAUAAUGCUUUUAUUACGUUUACGCAUUGACUAAAUUGAAGACACGAUGCAUUUCUAACCUGCAGACGUGCACCGUGCGUCACCUUAAGCGUGUGUUCUUGUGUUUGUUUGGUUGAGGCUUUGUUGCUGGGCUGUUGGGCCCAUGGCGCUGCCCUGUAGAUGAAGUCACUCCCUGAGCAUGUAGCCGGUUCACAACACUGGACUGUUGUCACACAAGGUGCAGCUGAUUGAACAAUGUACGAGCAAUGUCUGAUGUUGAGGCCACAUAUGCAGACUUCAUCGCUUCGGGCAGGACAGGACGGAGGAACGCCAUGCAUGACAUCCUUCAGAGUCCCACAGAUCCAGACGGACGCGAGAUGCCCCUCACACUGUCCCUGUCCCAACUGCACAUCAACGCCGGAGGUGGAGAAGGCGAUGAAGCAGAGGACGGCCAGAGCAUGCCCUCAGCCCAGAGGGAGGCCGGGCAGAGGAACAGCUAACCUGACUCAUACUGUUACAGCCAGCACAAGGAUCUUCAACACUGUAAAGCCAUUCACAAUGUGUGGAUCCGGCGCUGGAGGGUAGAGGCUGCGGAUGUGUCAUUGUACAACACUAAAGGACCUAUAAAAGACACUCGGACCACUGAAAAGACAUCGCUGUGACAUGAACAUGUGUGCUCUUACAAGUGAAAAUAGUUGUUCCUUAUUGUACUGUGCAAACGACAGGUUUAUGGUGUUCACAUGUAACAAAGAAAAGAUUAGAAUCCCUGGAGAUUAUAGACCUCUGCAAUAGUAGAAGUUAUGAUUUCCUGUCUUGUUAAAAAACAAAAAAAGUACCUGAAAUUAUCUAAGUGAUCCCUUUUAGUGAGGUAAAUUAGUAACUCUUGCACCACAUGGUACAAAAAAAAAAAAAUCUUAAACAUUUUUUUUUUCUUUGUUCCAUUACCAACCCAAACUAAAAUGUAUCAUUGAAACAAUUGCACAAUUUAUUAUGUUCAAGAAAAGACAUGUGGAAUGGAGAGAAUGAAAAAAGAUAUCGAUUUGCCAUAUAUAAGUAUAAUAGUAAGAGUAACAUUUAAACAGUUAUACAGCCAAUAACUUGUGCUUCCUUUCUCAAUGCUGUUAAGAAAAAACAAAUACAGGGGAAAUAUCGAGCUGUGAAAAUAGACCACUGUUGUAUAUCAAAGGGUAAAAUAGGCCAAAAAUAGAGAAGAAAGAUGAAUGAUGGUAGUGCAAUGUCUUUUUUAAGUACUUUUGCCAAGCAUAAACACACACAUAACUUCCUCUAUGUGACACUAACAUCCUCUGCCAUUGUGCUUUGUGGUGUGUCUACUUAUCAUUAUUGCAUGUAGAUCAUUUUAUAAACACCACAUAAAAUAUCAACAUAAUCUUUUAUAAUAAUCCGGCCUUAAACUGCCAUGUGACUAGUUACUCGAUAUAAAAACACUGUGUAAACGAUUCAUUCAUUUUCCAGCAUGUACUGUCCAGGCAGGUGCAUGAUACUGCUAAUGUUAAUGUACACACACGGUGCUUGUCUCUUUGUUUUUUUGUUGUUUUUUUACACAAGCAGGUGGCAAAAUAAUAAAU